AUGGAAAAUGGAUUGAACAUCAAGCAAAAUUUAGUGAGUAUAAAGUAAUCUUUAUCCAUAAGCUUUUCUUAAGUCAUUUAUGUUGGCUAAUAUAGAUACGGAUAAAAAUACGAUUAAUGGAUUGCUAUGUAUAGAGAGCAUUCAUAAACGGAAUAUCAAAUUGUGUAAAUUUCUCACCCUUAUAAAUCAGUGGAGGAGGAGAGUAUAAUGAAAAAGGAAAAAAGCAUGGAAAGUGGGAUGAGCUACCUUCAAAUUACGGAAUUAAUCUUAUUGGAAAAUAUAAUGGAUUAUAUGAAGAUGGAUAGAAAUAAGGAAAGUGGGAUAUCCUCUUUGAAAAUUAAAGAAUGUAAAAUAUUUUAGCCUAUUUGCAAAAGUGGUGGAGGAGAUUAUAACAAUGAUGGAGUAAAGACAGGAAAAUGGAUUGAAUUGAUGGAUAACUUUUAUAGGUAAUGUUAUGUCUCUAAGUACUUCAGUCAAUCCUAAGUUAUUUAUGUAGGAAUGUAUUAAGGUGGAAGGAAAAUUGGGCAAUGGUAAACACUGUAUAGAUGGAAUUAAGCCAAUUAAUUUACAGAAAUUGGAGGAGGUUUAUAUGAUAAAAAUGGUUAGAAAAAAGGAAAUUGGAUUGAUAUACAUGAAUAAUUCUGGAAUUGGAUGUAGGUAAAAUUUAGAGGUGGAUAUUAUAAAGGAUUGAAAGUAGGAAUAUGGGAUACUAUAUAUGAUGAGAAAGCUAUAGGAGGAGGUUUAUAUAAUCAAGAUGAAAUUAAGACUGGUAAAUGGAUUGAGUUGGCUGAAAAUUAUAAUAAGUAUUUAUUUGCUCUAGUUCGUUAAGAGUUUGUUUAAUAACUUUUACAGGUGAAUAUCAGUUAGGAAUAAAAUCAGGAAGAUGGGAUAUUUUGA